UAUUAGUAUAGGUUGUAGUGAUGUUGAGGAAGCUGAAACAGAGAGUGUUAAAAAGGCCAAGGAGUUCCGCCAGUGAGUGUGGCAGUGCUCGCAGUAUCAUUAGAGCCAGGUACGAAAGUGAGGGUUCUAGCAACUCUGCCAGGUCGGGAAUGAGCCGGGCUGUGUCUGAUGGUCACAUCAGUCAGAUGAACAGAGUCAAUCUGAGGGAUCUAACAGACCUCCGGGAUCUGAGAGACCGGUCUCUAAUCGCUAUGGGCAACUACUACACGGUACAAAGAUUUGACAUGACAAGGUCAGGAAAAGAAGUCCUGCAAAACUCUUCAAAUCCUGACCAUGAGCAGACGCCAGAUUGUAGUUCUGUAACGUGUCACCAGCCAAAUAGCACUCCUAGCACCAGUUAUCAGGCAACUAGCACUCCUAGCACAGAUAAUGUAGUGCAUAGAGUGAGAAGCAGAUCCUCUAUUCAUAGGUCUGUUCCUAACUUCUUGGACAUCCCUAAGGAGCAAGAAAUAGCUUCAGACCAAGCCCCCUACACGCCAACAAGUCCAGCUAGUUUUGAGGAUAGGAAAUAUGUCUUGGAGCUGUUUAGAGAAAACCAGAAGAAGCUGACUUUUGAUAAACAGAAACAAGUGAGUCUAGAAGAGACGGACUCCAACAAACCGACAAGAUCUAAAAGCUGUGUUUCGGACAAACUGAAACGCAGUGCUUCCACCAAAUCUAAGCCGGAGGAGGAUCCGACUUCUGAGACAGUUCCUGAAGGUAUUCCAAAAAAGAAGUACAUAGGAAAGUACAUUGAGGACCACGAGGGGGAGUUAUUUGACGACGGCUCUAUCAUCUUCAACCGCAAACCAAAGGACAGAAAGGAAGGGAGAGGUUUUAAACGAAUAUUCUCGACCGGCAAGAAAAGAAGUAAGUUAGAAGAUAAAGCACCCGGCACGAAGUCAUGUCUACUUACAGAACAAAAGAAAGAGCUGAAAAAACGCCAUCGAGAUGUUGCCGGCAAGUUUCUCUCGGUCCGUUUCUCCGUCAAGGAACAAAUAAUAGCGUUAAUGUACACUAAGGAGGAGCUAGAGUUGAUUGAUCAAAGAAAACAAGCAUACGAUAAUUUAAAUCUUGAUAAGAAUUGGUGCAUCGCCCAGCUCCACGCAGCGCUCUCCCCAGAAACUCACCUGUACCAGGUAGAGUUGGAAAAAGACAACGCUUUUGGACUUGGUUUUUACCUUUACGGACUGGGUCCGGACAGAUUGGUGCCGUACGUUAGUAUAUUUGUGAAGGACGUUAUAAAGGGGGGCUACGUGGACAGACAAGGCACUAUCAAGCCACACGAUCAGAUCAUCAAGUGUGGCAGAGCUAGUUUUGUAGGAAUAAAGCAAGAGGAAGCACUGAGACUAAUGAAGAACCAGCCUCAUCUGACCCUGACCAUGGGCAGGAGAGCUAAAUGUGACGAUGUUCCCGUAACUAAGAAGGAUCAUAAAGAAAUAUUAAAUGCUGUGGGAAACAAGUGGCUGGACCCUAAACGAAGUGCUGCAGCAAUGGAAAAUGGGGAUUUCCGCCUUAUUAAGAACAAAGAUCGCAUUGAUCCCUUCUUCACUUGCAACAAUUCGUCACCAAAGAAAACUAUUCAGAUUGACACAAACGACCUUGAAAGGAUAAACAGUAGCUGCAAGCUUAGUCGUGUUAGCGAGGCUGAAGAUGGAACUCCUAAUUUAAAUCAAUUUCAUUACGCCCGGCAGGACUACUUGGAAGAGGAGCUCAAGUCAGAACAAAAAAAUCGAAAAGAAGCUGACAGGAAACGAAAAGAAGCUGAAAGAAAAACCGAAGAAACUGAACAAAAAUACCAAAAUAUAUUAGAUGAACUAAAGAGGUUGAAGUGCGAAAAGGACUUCGCCACUCAAGAAGCUAAAUAUGCAAAUAUAAAGAUUGGGGAGUUGGCACACCAAAAUACUCAACUUGUGCUGGACUCUAAAGAAGCUCCUGCUAUGGAUAAUGGACCAGAAGUUGCGGCGCGGGAAGCUGCUGACGAUCUGGAGUCUCUUCUUCACCAGGAUGACACUAUGAGCGUGAGCACUGUCAGAACUAUGGAGCCCAUCACUUACUGCAGUCCAGUUAGAUCUAGCUUCAAGGAAAUGGAAGCGUUGUCCAGCGAGAACCUGGAGAGGUCCACAGAGCUGCAGAGGGACGCUGGUCAGUACGUCAACCUGCUCACCUGCUCUGAAUCCGGCUCUAAUUCCAGGUUCAGUUACCCGUCCAGCUACUCUAACUACUCCUCCCGAAGAACUAGUGGUCAGAGUUGCCAGCUUUCUGGCACUACAAGUCACAUAUCCUCAAUGGUUUCUCUUAACAGUGUCACUAGUGACGAAUAUGAUUCUGAGAGGACUCCUGUCAACAGAUUGAUAGACCCGCGACUGGUGAUGCAGGUAGAUGAUGGCCACGGGGAAAUGUCCCAACACCAUAUGUUCGGGGAUCAUGAUGAAGAAGAAGAGGAAGAGGAGGAAGGGGAGGAGGAAGGGGAGGAGGAGGGUGGGGUGGACGGCGAGGGAGGUCUAAGAGAAAAUAGGGUAUUUUUUGUGUGAUGAUCUCUACAAAGACUAUCAUACGAUUAAUCUCGUCCACUAAGUACCUAUAAAUAUCUAUAAGUCCUAGUUUUGAACGUCUAGCUGCUGGACAGUAUACACACCAAGCCCUUUUAGGUUGGAGCUAAUUUGAGCUAUAGAGUUGUUCACUAAAUAACUGAUUUGUUUCCACCCAGCAACAACCCCUUUUAGAAAUCUGAGGACCUGGUAAAGUGGUGUCUAUAAAAGUAUAAAAGUGACCAGUGUACCAGUGUAGUUUUAGAUGCUAUUUUUAUUUUUUAGAAUUUAGCAUUAGAAAUUCUUGAAAGAUUUGUCCCUAUAAUUGGUACCAUUUAUUUUUAUAAUUCACUUUCAUUGCUUAGUAAAUAUUAAAGCUCUAAGUUACUCGGAACCAAACAUUUUUGUGUAAUUUAAUUAAGUUGUUUCGUUUUUCGUUCUCUUGAGUGGGUCGAUCAUGUGAUAGAUUACUGGGGAUGAAAACUUAAUUAAGAUAUUUAACAAACUGUUUGAUCUACAAAUCAACGUUAGAGUAUGUGCCUGGUAAGAGUAUUGACAGUUGUAAUUUCUGUUCUAUAUUAGCAGAUUAGGGUAAUAUUAAAGUUGGAUAGGCAGUAAAACAUGUAUUAGGGUAUUGUUAAAAGAAUUUCAAAGAAAUUUUAAAAGCAAUCCAACACAGUGUAAUCUUUACAGAAAGCUAUCGUAAAGCUUAGAACUCAAACAAAUUAGUAACAAAAUACUUAAUAAGUUCUCACCUGAUUGUAUGGGAAAUAUAAAUUUUAAAGUUCGGUUGCUUGCG